UACCCUAAUUUUCUUGGAGUUUCAGUGUGAGAAAGAGCGCAGAAAUGGCUGCGGUGAAGGUAUUCUGUUAUGCGAUCUCAACAGCUUCGAUCCGCGUGAUUCUGUGCCUUGAGGAGGUCGGGGCGGAAUAUGAGCGCGUCAACAUCGACAUGGCCACCGGCGAGCACAAGUCCCCUGCUCACGUCGCCAAAAAUCCAUUUGGUCAAGUGCCAGCUUUCCAAGACGGGGAUCUCGUUCUUUUUGAAUCGAGAGCGAUCGGACGGUACGUUCUGCGUAAGUUCAACUCCUCCGACGUUGACCUGCUACACGGGAGUAGCUUGGAGGAGUCAGCCAUGGUAGACGUGUGGUUGGAAGUGGAGGCUCAGCAGUACGACAAGGCCAUCUUCCCCAUCUACUACCAGGCUAUGAUUAUCCCCUGCUUCUACGGUGGUACGACGGACGAGAAGGUGGUGGAGGAGAACUUGGUGAAGCUGGCGAAGGUGCUCGACGUUUACGAAGCCCGUCUGUCCCAGACCAAGUACCUCGCUGGAGACUUCUUCAGCUUCGCCGAUCUCAGCCACUAUCCCGUCACCCACUUCUCUAUCAAAAUCCCUCAAGUGGCCGCCCUGUUCGAUGCGCGCCCCCACGUGAAAGCCUGGUGGGAGAGCUUGGAGUCGCGUCCGGCCUCCAAGAAAGUGGCCGCCAAAAUCCCUCAGUUAUCAUGAAGCAUGCAGCUCCUGUCACUGCUCUCCAAAUCUUAACCUUGCGAUCGAUAUGUGUGUGCAGUGUGCUAUAUGCAUGCUAGUUGCAUAAUAAUAUAACUUCCAAUAAUAAUUCCAAUGCUCUGCAACGCUUUGAUGUGCGUGCUGCGUGCAUUUGUGAUCUCACUCCUCCUUUUCUUUUAUUUUCAGGGUAUGGAUCUUGAUCGUGAAAUUGAUUUCUUUAGUUGUUGUUCAA